AUGGACAUGGCGGCGGCACGUUUGGAGGCCUCAUUCUUGGCGCCCGAUCUUCACGGGGCUUCAGGUGAAAUUCUGCACAAUAGCGGCGAUGAGGAAAACGAGCGCAAGUCCCUCCUGCACCAAACUCAGGCAUACGACCAAAUGCUUAUGGAUAUGGAGACAAACAUGCACAAGAGCUCUCAUAGCUCUGAAACCCAGUGCGAUUGCGGGUCGGUCGAGUAUAAACAGGCCCUCGACUUGCACCCUCCGAACGCGCCGAUUAUUCGCAGCAGGGGCGAAUACCCGCCGCAGAAUUCAGUUCAUACUCUGAAAGGCGAAUUUUCGAGUUUUGAUGGCGGCUUAAACUUUAUCGGCGAGGAUGAUGGGGACGACUUGCUAUGUGAUUUUGCGCCAAAUGCGCUCCAGGAAGAUGGAAGUGUUGGCUUGAUUGCUGAUGACGGGUCCCUUGUGAAGCCAUCUUUUUCGCAGACCAGCCACUGGAAUAUGUGUCAAACGUCACCCGCUGGUCACCAAAGAACCAGUACGCUUAGUUGUGCUCGUUUCGCUGCCUCGCAGCAGUUUCAGGGCUUCGCAAAAAUUGGAUAUGAUGGCGUUGAGGAGCCUUGUUUGAGUGACAGCUGGCAUUCUAAAAACCAGCCAGUUGCGCAAGUGCACCCCGCUGGCCCUGCCGAUAGUUCUGAUAGCUCCAUCACAGCCCUCAGACAGCGGUAUCACAAGGUGUUUGGGAAGGAAACAAGUUCGAAUAAUAGACAGUGGUUGCUCCGCAGGCUGGCUGAGAUAAAUACUUUUGGAGAAGUUGACAACUGCGAGGAGCGAAAGAAACUACAUGGCCAAGACAUUCUCGUCGCAACUGCUAAACUUUCCCGUGUGUCUGCGAUAGAGACGAGUGAGUACGUGAGAGUUACACAUCGAUUAAAGCUCACAAGAAAAGAGCAAGAAAAGUAUCUGAAGCUUGUGGAAACUAACACCGUCGAGCACUCUGCUCGUCAAGCAAAAUCCAUGUGGAAGGGGACUAACAUCCAUAAACGUGGUCGCGGUGACAAUGAAUCGCAUAGCCUCGGAGGUGGGCUUGCAAAGACCGACGGAUCCUCUGCCGGGAAGAGAAUUAAGAAAGGCAACAACAGCGAUUCAGACUCUGCUGGUGAGCCUCCAGUGAAAAGUCGAAACAACAGUUCAGCCGGCGGCAAUUGUAAGGCAACGCAAGCUCGUAAAACUUUAGACACGAACAUCGGGGGGAACGGCAGAAGGAGUAAGCACCACAACCCGUGGGCACUCGAGGAAGCGGAAGCGCUCGUUGAGGGUGUUGCUCAGUGUGGUGGAGGAAAAUGGGCCGACAUCAAAAAGCUUGGUUUCCCUGCAAUUGAGCACCGGACCGCAGUUGAUCUUAAAGAUAAGUGGCGCAAUCUAUUGAGAAUCGCGAUGCUGCCUCAUCAACCAGUGAAGAAUGCAGGAGAUAAGAAACGUGAAAUUCCGCCAGAGCUCCUUGCACGAGUCAGAGAGCUCGCAGCAAAACAUGCGAAAAAGCAAACACAAGAUGGUCGUAACCGUCAUGGUCGAUGAUCCAAACACCAGUAGCGACUCACAAUAGGCACGAGACGUUGAUUCUUUUAAACCUCCCAUGUCUUUUGAUGCCCAAGGAGCGGUUGCCCCGAUCUUAAUAACCAGAGGGCAGCAUCUCGCGUCGUGGUUUUCUGGGAUGUAUGUAAAUUUUCAUCAGAUAAAUUUUUUCAAAAACAAAUUGCACAGCGAGCGCAUUUACAGGGGAGACGAGUCAACGGUCGAGUAUCGACGAGCAUUCUGACACUCGAUACACGUCUCGCCUGACAGCCGACGCAAUAUUAGGAAAGGCGUUUGACUCAUCUAGCUAGAGACUCUUUUAUUUGUUGUAAUAUUGUAAUAUUAUUAGUCGUUGCCG